UGUAUAAAAACCUGUUCACUUUCCUUCGUUUAGUUCUCUCUCACUGUCGCUCCCCGCUAACCCUAAAUUCCCAAAUUUUCGACCAUGACAAAGAAGCGGAAGCAGCGCCCUGAAUCGGUGGAAGAUCUUUCAACUGCUUCCUCUUACGAAUCCGAGGAAGAUGAUGACCGAUCGCAUUCUUCUCAACAGCAUGCAGCAGCAGCGCAGGUUUCUUCCUCUGAAAAGAAAGACGAUUCUUCAGAUGAAGAAGACGAGAAGCAACGUUCCAUUCUCCCUGCUUCCUCCUCUGAAUCUGAGGAAGAUGAUGACCAACCGCAUUCUUCUCAACAGCAUGCAGCAGCAGCAGCAGCGCAGGUUUCUUCCUCUGAAGAGGAAGACGAUUCUUCAGAUGAAGAAGACGAGAAGCAACGUUCCAUGCUCCCUGCUUCCUCCUCUGAAUCUGAGGAAGAUGAUGACCAACCGCAUUCUUCUCAACAGCAUGCAGCAGCAGCAGCAGCAGUACAGGUUUCUUCCUCUGAAAAGGAAGACGAUUCUUCAGAUGAAGGAGACGAGAAGCAACGUUCCAUUCUCCCUGCUUCCUCCUCUGAAUAUGAGGAAGAUGAUGACCAACCGCAUUCUUCUCAACAGCAUGCAGCAGCAGCAGCACAGGUUUCUUCUUCUGAAGAGGAAGACGAUUCUUCAGAUGAGGAAGACGAGAAGCAACGUUCCAUUCUCCCUGCAUCUGCAAACCAUCCCUCAAAGCCUCACCCCAAGUCCUCCUCUGAAUCCGAAUCCGACACGGGCACCGAACCAGCUCGAGUCAAAUCCAAAGCUAAGCCCACGGACCUACCCCAGCCCAAGGUUCAGGCCCAGCGUUCCUCCACGCCGGUGAAGCUGGGAUCCAAGCGCCCAGCCCACUCAACUGAGCCGAAACGCACGAAAAAAAAUCCAGAUGAGGCUCCUUUUCCUUCUGUUGCUAACGACGAAACUUCUGUUGUUAACGACGAAACUUCUGUUGCUAACGACGUAACUUCUGUUGCUAACGACGAAACUUCUGUUGCUAACGACGUAACUUCUGUUGCUAACGACGAAACUUCUGUUGCUAACGACGAAACUUCUGUUGCUAACGACGAAACGAAGGAGGACGGGAAGAAGUCCGACGGACAAGCGAAAGUGUUGUUCCAGAGGAUCUGGAGCGAAGAAGACGAGCUUGGCAUUCUAAAGGGCAUACUCGAGUUCAUCUCAAAAACCGGACAAGAGCCUUAUAGGUAUGUUGACGCUUUCCACAACUUCAUUAAGAAAUCACUCCACGUGGAGGUCUCCAGCCUUCAGCUGAAGGAUAAGAUUCGACGGAUGAAGAAGAAGUUCGAGACUCAUGAGGCGAAAAAGAAGAAAGGGAUUGAGCCUCGGUUGUUGAGGCCUCACGACCGGGCCUUGUUUGAAUUCUCUAAGAAGAUUUGGGGUGAAUGGCCCAACGGAUUGGUGGAAAAGCCCAAGCCUCUUGCGAAGUACGUUACCAAGGCUCAAAAGGAAUCUGAAGCCAAGGCUAAAGUACUGUCGCAGCCAUCAGUGCCUGAAAGUGGUGACGUUAAUUUGCUUUACAACAAUAUUUCUUGUUUUAAAGAGCUGGAUGAGGAUGAGAUGAAGAGAGGACUUACUUUGAUUGGAGAAUCCAAGAGGAAGGAAUUAGAGAGAAGGUGGAAAGUGUUGCAAUAUUCUGAGAUGGAACUUCUUGGUAAUCGCUCUCUACUGAUUGGGGAGCAGAUUAAGUUGGUAUCUCAAGCCCUACAAUCAUCCAACGAUUAGGAUUCAUUGUGUUAGGUAUUGGUCCUUUUGGUACUCUAUGUAUCAUACAUUUUGUGGAUUAUUGUAAUUUUGGUAUCUGUGGCAUAGGCUUUUUUUGGUAAGUGUUGUGAAAACUUUCUGCAUAGCCUCUUUUGAUUCUAGCAACAUGUAGCAACUUUUGUUAACCCUGAUGGAGAAUAUGUUCAGUUUGGCAAAACCAUAGCUGUUAAAUUUUGGGUUUGCAAUUUGGUAUGGCAGGAACAUUCAUUCUCAUCCAGGCUUGGAUGGGGAUGAUAGAAUGAAGCAUUUUGUGUUUUUGUGUUUACUGUCUAAUGCAAUGUCAUGCAAAUUUGCCUAUGCUCCUUUGGUGCUUAUCCUUCAAAGGUGCAAUUUAUUUUGUGAUACUUCUAAAAUUGCUAAUGCA